AUGAAAAUAAACAAAAGUUUAAUUUUACCAGGGGAACAUGAAUGUGGCAGCUCUAUUCAAAGAAAUCUUACCGUCCAGGAGGCAGCUGCAUAUUUAAAAAAUUUAGAUCCAGAAUAUGAAAGUGUACUUAACACAGCAUUACAAUGGGUCUUGAAUAGUGGGGAAGAUGUUGGCAUAAAGUGUCUCAGCAAUGACCCUAAUGAGAUGGAUGUCACUAAUGUGACAGAUGUGAAGUAUCUGGAAUCCACUAGUCCAAAGAUGUCUUUCAGGUGUCGUUUUCGCCGUGCGUUUGUUAAUGUAACUCACAGAUUAUCAAUAUUGCUUUUGGGUAUAGCAAUGGUUUGGGGAGUCUUGCACUACAUGAAAUACCGUUGGGCAAAAGAGGAAGAAGAAACAAGGCAGAUGUAUGAUAUGGUGGUAAAAAUCAUAGAUGUUCUAAGAAGUCACAGCGAGGCAUGUUCUGAAAAUAAAGACUUGCAGCCUUACAUGCCUAUUUUACAUGUGCGUGAUUCUCUAAUACCACCUCAGGACAGGAGGAAAAUGAAGAAAGUCUGGAAUAGAGCAGUUGAAUUUCUUGCAGCAAAUGAAUCUAGAGUUCGCACAGAGACACGAAGAAUAGGUGGUGCCGAGUUCUUGGUUUGGAAAUGGAUGCAACCUUCUGCAGCAUGUGACAAAAUUUUAGUAAUACCAUCGAAAGUGUGGCAAGGCCAAGCAUUUCAUCUGGAUAGAAGAAAUUCACCACCAAACAGCUUGACACCAUGUCUAAAGAUUCGCAAUAUGUUUGAUCCAGUUAUGGAAAUAGGUGAUCACUGGCAUUUAGCAAUUCAAGAAGCAAUCUUGGAGAAAUGCAGUGAUAAUGAUGGAAUUGUUCAUAUUGCUGUUGACAAAAAUUCACGUGAGGGUUGUGUAUAUGUCAAGUGUCUCUCUCCAGAGUAUGCUGGAAAGGCUUUCAAGGCAUUACAUGGCUCUUGGUUUGAUGGAAAGCUGGUAACAGUAAAAUACCUGCGACUAGAUCGGUAUCAUCAUCGUUUUCCCCAGGCUCUUACUUGUAACACUCCACUGAAGCCAUCAAACAAACACAUGAACUCUAUGUCACAUCUGCGUCUUCGGACAGGCACAACUAAUUCUCAGGGAAGUUCCUGAGAAGACUUUCUACAACUGCUAGGACUGUUACUUGCAACAGGAGUUUUCCUGUUUGGCUGCCGUCUUCCUUUUUUAGUGCUUUUUGUAUGUAAUACUUCAAUGAAUUAAAUAAAAGUUUGAACGUUCCAGAAAUCUCGUUUCCAAAGGGACUUAGCAAUGAGGCAGUAAUACUGAGCUGACAAAAAA